AUGGGGAUUGCUGCGAUUGUGCACCUAUACGUUUUCCCAGCUAGGCCAUAUCAACGCGGGGAGAGAUGCGUCCGUAAUGUUUCUGUUUUGGCUGAUUAUGCUUCCUUGGGAGCUCCUCCUGAUCCGGAUGAAAUCGCAGAAGGUGGAAGGCUGGCAAGGAUGCAUAUUUCUCAUUCCGAUGACAAUCAAAGGCCGCUGAGUUUCCCCCAGAGUGUUCGUGAUGUUGUUUUUGGUGGCAGUGAAAUUAUGGCCGAUGAUGUCAAGUUUACCGUUUCACAUGUAGUAGAACCUAUGGAACGUGGUAUUGCAAAAUUAAACGAAACACUCCAUCAAAUCUCAGAAAGUGUGAAACGACAUGAAAUGCGAAAGAGAAAGGCCAAGGAUGAUUCCUAUCUUAUCCCUAUGCCUUCAUGGACAACAGAAUUUUCUGAUGCUCAUGAACACAUUUCCGAGGGAAGCUUUAGUGACACCGGACUAUCUCGUAAGAAAACAAAGUCUGCAACCUUCAAGGCCAGGAUCUCUGAUGUAUAUACUCGACAUUCCACAUUUGAGCAUGGUAGAAGUAGCUGGAUCUAGAUGGGUCCUUCCUGUAGACUGAAUUCAAUUAUAGCAGCUGAUAGUUACCCUGACGAUACUCUGUUUUUCGGCAUUUCGGUGGAUUGAAGCAUCAACAGUAUAUAUACUACAACUUCAUGUAGCUUUCAGGUCCUUACAGUGCAACUAACUUCGAUUGGAUACAGCGGUGACAAACAACACAACACACAUGAAUUGUAUAUGUAAAACAUUUGAAAAUUGAGCAACAAUGAAUGCUAAUUUCUAUGAAAGGAUCAAUUAACGUCUAAAUCUACAUUCUUGACCUGUUUGGUAAGUACUGCUUAUAGCUA